CGGCGGUCUGCGCUGGUCGCUGCGCGUUUUCUGCCGGCCUGGGCCGUGUGGCAGCGGGUUGUGACGGGAGGUGUCUCCGCUUCCCUUACCUCAAGAAGGGAAAAUAAUUCUCACAUGUUCAUCAGCCUCAUCAGGGUAAGAUCUGCUCUUCCAGAGGAUUGUGGUGGAAGGAGCCGGUGGAGAGAGAUCCCCGAACCCUUUAAGGGCUUCUGUGGUUGUUCGGCUUUUCGUCACUGGGAAACAUUGGACGUUUCUGCUCUACUGAUGCGAGAGGCUUUUAAAGUCUGUUUUGUUAGAAGCUUAUUUCUGAAAGAAUAAAAAGGAAUAAAGAACACAAUGACUACUUUAGAUGAUAAACUGCUUGGUGAGAAGCUCCAGUAUUAUUACAGCAGUAGUGAGGGUGAGGAUGAAGACAGUGAGAAAGAAGACAAAGAUGGGGAGAGCAUCCUUCCUGAAAGCGUUGGAGAAGUAGAGCUUAGCAGUGAUGGCAGUGCCAUCAAUACAGGUCCAAAGGGAGUCAUCAAUGAUUGGCGAAGAUUUAAACAAUUGGAGACAGAACAGCGACAGGAGCAGCGCAGAGAAAUGGAACGACUCAUAAAAAAGUUGUCUAUGACAUGUAGAUCUCACUUGGAUGAAGAAGCUGAUAAGCAGAAGCAGAAGGAGCUUCAGGAAAAAAUAAAUGGAAAGAUGACAUUGCAAGAAUAUAACAUGAUUCACAAUGAUGAAGAUGAUGAGGAAUUUUUACAGCGAUACAGGAAACAGCGAAUGGAAGAGAUGAGACAGCAGUUAUACAGUGGGCAGCAAUUUAAACAGGUUUUUGAGAUUACCAGUGGGGAAGCAUUUUUGGACACGGUUGAUAAAGAACAUAAGAGCACACUGAUCAUGAUCCAUAUUUAUGAAGAUGAUAUCCCUGGUACUGAGUCUCUGAACGGCUGUAUGAUCUGCCUGGCUGCUGAGUAUCCAACAGUUAAAUUUUGCCGAGUAAAAAGUUCGCUUAUUGGUGCCAGCACUCGCUUUACUAAUAACGCUCUGCCAGCUUUGCUGAUCUAUAAGGCAGGUGAGCUCAUUGGCAAUUUUGUGCGAAUCACUGACCAGCUUGGGGAAGAUUUUUUUGCUGUAGAUCUGGAAGCUUUUUUGCAGGAGUGUGGUCUGCUUCCAGAAAAAGACCUAGUGCUUCUGACUUCUAUACGUAAUCCAUCUGCGUGUUACAGUGAAGACAGCGAUCUGGAAAUAGACUGAAUCAAUUAUACCAAGGGGCCAGUAGGUUUAGCAGUACUGUGGGUUGCUCUUGUGUUAGAGAUUGUUCUCUCUUUUUCUUUGUGUUGAUAUGUUAUUCUUCUCCUCCAUGCACUUUGACUUUUGCUCAUUAAAACUUUGUUAAGGAUAACGUAAGGCAUUCCUAACAUUUUCCUAAAUUAAUUUAAUAAAGUGUACACUAAAACUGUCUAUCUUUUAUGCAAUUCAAAUGUAUUUUACUAAAUGUGAAGUUAUAAUUCAGCAAAUGUAGUGAAUUGUGUAUUAUGUUGUCCUCUCCAUUCUCCAGAUCCCUAGAUUUUUCUAAGCAUUUUUAUCUCAGAUUGGCUAUGUAUGGUCAGUCUCCUUAAGGUUUAGUGAAGCAGCAUAUGUGAAUACCAGUUGAGAUCAAGAUGUGGUACCUACUGACUAAGACAAGAAUUAAGACCACAAAUUUAGUAGUUCUUAAGCAUUCAAGACUCUUAAUAAUCUGGAGCUGAACUACUGCCAGUAAGUUAAGAGUACAAGAUCCCAUCUUCCAUUCCUUGAUUUUGUAGACCCCUUCUUGGCAGCACUGUUAUAGCUGUUGUUAUUGUUCAUUUCUCACUUACAAAUAACCAGAGCUCCUGACAUCCUGAAAAUUACUUUUUGGUUGGAGAGUUUUUUUCUUUCCUUUGUCUUGCCCAAGACUUAAAUGAGGAAAAUCUUUCUUCAGUUACAGUUCUUAAUACAUUCUUGGGCUUUUAAAAUACCCACCCUUAGAGUUCGUAGUACGUACCCAAGCAGAAAAUUAUUUUUGCUUCUUAAGAGGGGGAGACCAUCUCUAAAAGCAGUCUGUAAAGAGCUCUAACGUGUGUGCUGAAUAGCAUCAAGGAAAAUUUUGUUGGCAAACUGGUGAAUUGGGACCUGAUAGCAUCAGAAUAUCACAUAUUUGUAAUAUUCUCUAAAACUAUUAAGUCAGUGCUAAAAUUCAUUUUUGUCUGCCUUCAUAUUACCUGCUUCAGGUGAGUUGUGAGAUGUAUUUUGAAUAUUAAUAACCUCCUGGACCUGACAGAUAACUGAAAGGCUUUGUGGGGAAUCAGCCUUGAGCCAGUAAAUAGACUGGAUCACUAAUACAAGAGUUCAGUAGCGGGCCCCUUUUUUCACAGCUGAUGCCUUGUUUGAAGCUCGGUAUCUAGUUCCUGCACAGAAUAUUCACCUGAAUCAAAAAUGUCAUUAUCCUGUUUUUCUCUGGUGCCAGCUCUUUGGGAGUCUAUUUUUGUGCAGUACAUCAGUGGAGUUCACUAAACACAGAAAAAAAUCUUGUAGGGUGGGAGUGAAACCUCUGAGGAGAUCUUGCAGUUUUUUCCUCUGUCUUUUGUUACAAAGAACAAAAGCCGUUUUAAAAGCAUCGCCACUGCUGUUUUAGUUGCCCAGCAACCUGGGUCCAAAAGUUCUCCUCUUUCCCCAAAACAGGGUGGCUCCCACUUCAGGAAACAGAAAAAAGGCAUGUAGCGUUGGCUGAGCCCGUUUGUUUCUUCAUGAUCAUUAUGGCUGCUGAAUGCUACAGCUGUAAAUUACGCUUCCCUCCUGCAGCAUCUUUGUCAUAAUCAUUUGUCAUUGAUCGCACCUUUGUUAAAGCGUUUUUGUUUGUGCUCUACUUACUUCAUAAAUCAGAUCAUAGUAUAGGGAAGUAAGUUUCAGGAUUCCUAAUGUAUUAUAGUUCCCUCUGCUUCCACCAAAUCUUGUACUACACUGAUGUAAGAUAUCCUGAGUAGCAUUAGAAACCAUUAGCAAUUUAUAGUGAAGAUGUACAUUAAAACCUAUGAUGAUGCUGAGCGAGGCAAAGGCUUUACAGGUCAGAUUAUGGUGUGGCUGAUUUAGAGUACCUAGCACAAAUGAGCAUGUGGAAUAUAUGCACUUCAUGCUUAGCUAUUACCGAGUUCUGUCUCUUACAUAUUUAAACUGUUAAUACAACAUGUUUACUUUCUCUUGCAUUACUUACUUUGCUUGCUAUUUUUUAAUUUUGAGGAAAAUAGACUAUAGUUACCUAAAUAUGUUACCCAAUUUAAUGUCAUGUCUAAUGAUUAAACUUAAUGGCAAGUUUUGUGUAAGGCACUUGGGAACACUGGGAAGAAAUGCAAAUGUCUAUGUAAGCAUUAGAUUCAUAGUAAGCCUAUAUCUUAGGAUAGAAAAGGAAGAGUUGCCUCUAAUUAUAUCUAUUUGAACUGUGUUUUAAAAAGUAGUAUAAGCAUGAAGGUAACUUGUAAUUAAAAAUUACUGUAUUGACACAAGUUGUAGCUAUUUUAAGGAAACUGGAAGAAAACCAGACUUUAAAUGUUCUAAGAGAUUAUUUCUUUCCAUCUCAGAAUUGCAGAAAAGAGCAUGAAAGUUAAAUGAAAUUAAAUCAUUGAGCAUGGGUAUCAGCAUUUUUAAGGGAAAAAAAAUCAAAGUAGCUGUAAUUCAUAUUCAGGCUGAGGUACAGUGAAGUCUGCUGUGCAGACAGGGUGCAUAUUAGCAUCAUAAUAAAACCUGGCUUGGAGGAGGGCGAGUGGGGAGAGUUGACUGCUUGAAUUGCUUUGAAGUUUUAUGUUUAUAAAGUGCUUUUUUCCCUGCAUGGUUGCAAAGCUGUAAUAGAAUCAAAACUUCUCCUGCUGCUCUGUGUCAUCUGUGUCAGGUGGCCUGCAGCAAGGUGACCCCCUGGUUAUUAAUAUAUGAUGCUAAGGUGUACAGUAGAUGUUUGACAGGGCCAAUAGCCAAAAAAAAUAAAGGAGGGGGGGAGGGAAGAACAUCCAAAUUCAAUUAAUCAUUGAUCUGGAAGAACAUAAUAACCAGAAGGGAGAGAAGGGUAGAGCGAAGAUGUGUUACGAUGCUGUUUCUCUCAACACAGCACAGACGCGAGGAGUUGUUGCAGGUCUGCCGCGGCGAAGCAUCACUGCCCAUGCUGGGCAGAGCUGCUGUUGCUUUUGUCUGUGAGUGAAGUUAAAUUCUUCCAAACUGACCAACUAGUAAUUGUGCCCUAAGGAAAAGCAGAAUUCUUAACGUGCAUUAAAAAAUACACUAAAAAUAAUUUUAGGAUAAGUUAGUUAUGAGUUUGUUAGUGUCUGAUCCCUGCUCAGUCAGUACAAAUGAAAACUACAACUCUUAGUAAGGUUGUGUCUGUACAUGUGGUGGUCAAAGGGCUAAAGUCUGCUUUAUUUGUCUAAUUUAAGAUGUAGUCUGAUGAGUGGAUUAUGAAUUAGGUUAUAUCUAUAAUGUGUAUGAGGACUGAAAUGAAAUUGUAUGAACACCUGCAUAAAAUAAAACUGUUCUGAAACAUCCAGCUUGGCACAGAGAGAGUUGGGUUUUCAGUUCGAUUCAGGUGUCUUCCCCAAAGCUGUUUUAUUCUGUUGCUGUCAAAAUGUCAUUUAAACUGAUGCAUUCCGAAAUGGCUUGGUUUUGAAUAAAGGUUGCUUUUCAGUUUUGUGAAA